AUGGUUCACCGUUCUGGACAUAAGAAGAAGCUAAAUUUGGAUGCUGCUGAAGGUGAUUCUCCCUCGCCGAGAGUACCACAGUCGUCGGUCAGUGAGCAGAAGGCCGAGCAGGAGGCAGCAAAAAUGAAAAAUGCUAUAGUUGCCAAUAUUGAUGCUUUGAGUGUGUGUUUUGACGCAGCCUAUCAAGAGUACAACGAUUUCCAAAACAAGAUUUAUCUUGCUGAUCCGACCAGGCGAAAUGAAUUUGAAUCAAAGUUUGUGGAGUUUGAAGAACUUUACGAGUUUACUAGCAUUGCCAUUCGUGAGAUGAUUGAAUCACAUGAAAAGUCUCAGAAUGCUCUUAAGUUUCCCGAUAGCAACCACUGUCAACCAAGCAGCAGUAGUGUUUCGCAGUCGGUAAGAAUAACGCCAACGAUAGUGCUACAGCAGGCUGCGCUGCCCAGCUUUGACGGACGGUACGACCAGUGGUUCAAAUUUAAACAAAUGUUUCGCGACAUUGCAGAUAAGUGUACGGGUGAUUCUGCUGCCACAAAACUGCAUUUUUUGGAUAAGGCUCUGGUAGGGCGGGCACAAGGUUCAUUUGAUCAGCAAAUUAUUCGUGACAACGAUUACGAAGGAGCCUGGGUUAGUCUGGCACAGCAAUAUGAAAAUCUGCCAGCCUUGAUUAGCGAUACAGUUUUGAAGCUGCUAAACCUGAAGGCAAUGACAAACGAAUCGUUUCAUCAAUUGAAAUCGCUUACAGAUGACGUGGAAAAGUGUGUUAGUUCGCUAGAGUUUCAUGAUUUGAAAAUGGACAAGCUCUCUCAAGCGAUUAUAACUACUCUCGUUUCAACAAAGUUAGACCCAGAUACACGCAGAAUUUGGGAGUCGAAUGUAAAGCGCGGACAGUUACCGAUAUACAAAGAAAUGAUCUCUGUCCUUAGAAAUCAACAGCACGUUUUGGAACGAUGUGAAAACUACAAAAGCAUCCAGAAAGGCAGAGGUGGAAUUCCGAUGGCACGACCUGUUCAAUUAGCUGCAGCGAAGACCCAUACGGCAGCGAUUCAGAAAAUUGACAACUGCCCAGUUUGUGAAGAUAAUCAUCUGGUGGAAAAAUGUGACACUUUUAAGAGGUUGGCCGUAAAGGAGCGCUACGAUAAGGCGAGGCAAAUUGGACUAUGCUUUGCGUGUUUAAAAAGAGGGCAUAGAACAAUGAACUGCAAAAACAGUGUGAAAUGUACAAAAUGUUCUAGACGCCAUCACUUAUUGUUACAUCCAGAAGAGCCAGCUUCUCAGGAAGAGAAAAAGUGUACUGUAAAAGAAACUGAAAAAAAUAGUGAUGAACAAUUGAAAAAUGAUACGACGGUAACAAACUGUUUGAUUCCUUGUGAUGCUGCAAAACCAACCAAGCAAGUGUUGUUGGCUACUGCAGUAGUGAGUGUUUUUGAUGUAAAUGGUGAGGAACACAAAUGCCGUGUACUUUUAGACUCAGGAGCAAUGGCGAAUUUCGUAUCGAAACGACUGGUUGAUAUGUUGCGAUUGAAAAAGAAUUAUGUGAAUAUUCCUGUAACUGGUGUAAACGGAAUGAAAACAGUAGUGAAGUUUAGUGUGCACUGCAAAGCCAAAUCGAACAUUUCUGAUCAAGAAUUCUGCUUGGAUUAUUUAGUCGUACCACGUGUGACUGGUGCGUUGCCUGCGUCGAGGGUGGAUGUACAAGGCUGGCCAAUACCAGUAGGCCUACACUUAGCAGACCCAAGGUUUUACGAGCCAUCUCGCGUCGACAUGCUUGUCGGUGCUGAAGCCUUUUACGAUAUUCUACUGGCAGGUAAGGUAAAAAUGACAGAAAACCUUCCAACGUUACAAGAGAGCCUACUAGGAUGGCUCGUUUCGGGACCUGUUGCCUCUUCAGCCGUUACACCAGCGGUUCGGUCGUACCAUGUAACGAGUGUUCGUGACGCAGACAAAGAAUUGGUCAGCAUCCUAAAAAAGUUUUGGACGGUUGACAAUCAGAUUUGUGAUUCAAAGAUAGACGACGAUCUCGAACAGCAUUUUGUAGAGACAUUCACUCGCAAUGAUGAGGGACGGUAUGUAGUAAGAUUGCCAUUCCGUGCGAAUGCUGGAACAUUAGGUGAUUCGCGACGACAAGCUGAGAAGCGUUUUUAUCAGUUAGAAGGAAGAUUAGAUAAAAAUCCAGAACUAAAAAAUCUUUACUCAGCGUUCAUUAGGGAGUACAUUGAGUUAGGCCACUGCAAGUUGUUACCGAAUACGGCAGGCAGCAACGAAAUUUCUUACUAUAUGCCACACCAUUGUGUUAUUAGACCAGACAGCUCAACAACAAAGUUGAGAGUUGUUUUUGAUGCGUCAUCGAAAAGCUCAUCGGGAACGUCGCUUAAUGAUUUGUUAAUGAUUGGUCCACCGGCACAGGAUACCCUGUUCGACAUUGUCUUGCGAUUUCGAUUUUAUCGCUAUGCAUUUACGGCUGAUGUGCCGAAAAUGUAUCGGAUGAUAUUAAUGGAUGAAAGAGAUACCAAAUUUCAAAAAAUCCUGUGGCGCGAAAAGAAAACUGACCCGUUGCAAGAAAUUGAAUUGACAACUGUGACGUACGGGACAGCGGCUGCCCCUUUUCUGGCGACGCGUGCUCUAAACCAGUUGGCGGAAGACGAGAAGGAUGAUUUCCCUGUAGCCAGCCUGGCUAUAAAAAGAAGUGUGUACGUCGACGAUGUGCUUACGGGAGCUUCCACAUUAGAUGAAGCAAAACAGUUGCAAGCGGAUUUGAUUCAGUUGCUUCGACGAGGCGGUUUUGGAUUGCACAAAUGGUGUGCAAAUGAUGCUGCUCUGUUGAACGAUAUCCCUGCGGAGCUUCAAGAAAAACAGUUGAACUUCAAAACCAAUGAAGUAAAUGAAACAAUAAAGACUCUUGGCCUUCUCUGGGAUCCGGUAGAUGAUAGUUUUGCGUUUCGAGUAAACCCAGUGGAAAGUAAAUAUGAUAAUGUUACAAAACGACAGGUGAUGUCAGAGAUAGCGAAACUUUUCGAUCCGUUGGGUCUUCUUGGACCGAUAAUCGUUAUCGCAAAGGUUAUUAUGCAAGAUCUGUGGCGUGAGGGCUUAGCUUGGGAUGAACAUUUAUCGAAUGAGCAGUUGAUUGCGUGGAAACGAUUGAGGGAUGAGUUGCCAAAAAUUGCCAGUAUGCGAAUUCCAAGGUUAGUGAAUAUACAUGCAGCAUCUCGAUAUGAAAUACACGGUUUCUCCGAUGCAUCGAUGAAAGCUUACGGGAGUUGCAUAUAUUUAAGGAAUUUAAAGCAGGAUGGGUCAGCGGAACUUUAUCUACUCUGUGGAAAAUCGAGGGUAACUCCAAUAAAAGAAACAAAACGAGAACCAGGAUCCGUCUCAAAUCCAGCUGAAAUGACCAUGCCGCGACUGGAACUGUGUGCGGCUAAAUUGUUGGCGGAGCAAGUAAGUGCUGUACUUAACGCAUUAGAGCUUGAAGUUAGUCGUGUCGUGCUGUGGUCGGAUUCACAAAUCGUGCUCGCAUGGAUCAACAAUAUGAAACCAGAUGUGGCGGUAUUUGUUAGGAAUCGAGUUUCCCGAAUACGUGAGCUUACAAAUAAAUACGAGUGGAAUUAUAUUCCUACGAAAUUGAAUCCUUCCGACUUGAUAUCUCGUGGCAUGUAUCCGACGGAGCUAGCAAACAACAUGCUGUGGUGGAAGGGCCCCGCUUUCCUGCGGUCGCAGGAAACCGACUUGGCAGUUUUCUGUGGUGCUGGGAUUAGCAGUUGUGGAUCGAAUAAUCCCACAAUAGAAAUAAAUGGUAGUGAUGCUGUUGAUGAUAACUGUAUUAUGAUCCUUGAGCGGACAACGUCGCAGUGGUAG